UAUUAUUGCUACCUUAGCAAUAUUUUUAGGAUUCCGUCGGAGAGAUAUCAUCUUCGUUGAGCAAUGAUUAAUCUCAAGUUAUUCGAACAUUGAUUAAUAUAAAUCAUAAGGAAUUAAUGUGAACGGAAUCCUCAUUCACAUAAGUAGUCAAACUUGACAUAAUUUUUCUUCUGAUCAUCAUUUUUUUACACACACGUAUAGGGAUGAAAUACUAAUGCGUUCACACUAAUGAAGUAUUGGUGCCUAUUAAUAGGAAUGUCAAAUUCUAUGGUUCAAUACUUUCUGCUUAGAGCUGCUAGUAAACACUUCAAGUUACGUACGUGUUUGUGCCAGUACAUAUACUCAUCAAGAAGUAUCAGUUUUUGAAACAACUACCUAUUCGAUAAAGUCAUCAGUUCAUUAUGUCGAAACUUGUAGAUGACAUUUACCCAACGGACGAGGCGUCAUCCGCUGAAGAGCCGGAAAAAAAACCGCUCGAAAAAAAGAGCACGAAGAAGAGAUCUUAUCGCUCAGAGCCGUCGAGCAGUGGCGUACGCACCGGCGCCGGCGGCGGCGCCAGCGCUCGCUCCGACCGGGACACUAAGCGGGCUAAGACCGAGAACAGGAGCACCGCGGCGGCUCUCUUUGGCUCUGAUAGUGAAGAUGAUCACUCUACAUCUCUUGAUAACGAAAUUGGUAAAAAAGUACCCCCUUUAACUUCUUAUGUAAUGAGACGCGUUACGAAUGGAUAUUCGCGCCAAGCUAAUGCAUUAAAACCGGGGACACAUUUCAUUGAGUUAAAAAUAUACAAAUGUGAUGAAAUAGAAAAUGUGUCGCCUAUGAAUAGGUGGCGUCACGCGAUUGUUACCGUAAAGAAUAGAUCAGAUAUUGAUACCGAAAGUUGGCGUCACUUAUCUGCUUAUUUGAGUGCCAUUCGUAAAGAAUUUAAAAACUGCCCCUCUAUGAUUAUUAAUUCUUAUAAUUAAUUCAAUAAAUAGCUGUGUAGUGUAACUUUGCUUAAAACUACGCACAUUAUAUAACUAUUAUACUAUAUAACCAGUUUUAUGAUUUAUAAAAUAAAACUAUGUAUUCGUUAGAUAUAAGAGAUAUAGUUUAAGGUUUCUUUUGAACCCAUUACAUUUAGAUAAAUAUUAUUGUAUAAACAUCUACCUAUAAUCAUACAUAAUAAUAUAUUAUCCUUCUUGUUAAUAAUAUAAAUAAUAAAAUAUUCUUAUACCUCUAACUUUUAAUUGUUCACAGUUACCCUACGUCAUGAGGAUGAACCCGAUAAAAUUAAUUUUAUGUUAUGUGAGAAAUGCAAUUUAAGAAUAUUAAAACAAAAAUUCAAGAAUCAUACCAGAUCUAAUUUACAUAAGUCGAACUGUCUAUUGAGUACUGAAUUUGAAAGUAUUAAAAUAAUUGCCACUGCAUUUAAGAAUAGAAUAGUUACAUACAGACUAAGUCCAGUACAGGAAGACGAGCACCUCACACCAGAGGCGUUCCUGUGCUAUUAUAAGAAUGAUAUAAAUAGAAUUAUUGAACUGUCGUUAGCAAAACAUAAGUGUAUCAAAGUAAAUUUUGAGCUAUUUGCUUAUUUCAUUUUACCCAAGUCAGAUGAACAACAGCUUAAAUCAUUUAAUACCAAAUUUGAAAUUGUAUGCAGUAGUACAGAUAUAAACUGUAUAAUUAUUAAAAUAAUAAAUAUUUUGGUAGAAAAAAUGAUUGCAUUUGAACACUGCGAGUCCGGUUGGUCAUUUUUUAAAGUAAAUCAUUUAGAAAUUAAUAUAAAUAAAUAUUCACCUAUGAGAGGAGGUAGUUAUUUAGAAUUACCUUCAGUUAUAAAAAAUACUAAAAGUUGCAUAAACAUUAAAAACAAUGAUAAAUACUGUUUGUUAUGGAGCAUUGUAGCUUCGCUGUAUCCUGCUAGAAGUAACGUCUGUAGAACUGCAUCCUAUCCUCAUUUUUCAGAAGUUCUCAAUAUUGAAGGGAUCGCAUUUCCGCCCACUAUUAAUGAUUUGAAACUUUUAGAGAAACAAAAUCCUGAUAUAAGUAUCAAUGUUUAUGGUCUGGAUAAAAAAUGUAAUGUUACUGGGCCUCUAUAUUUGAGUAGUUUAAAGAAAGUUAAUCAUAUAAAUUUAUUAUACAUAGAAAAAGAAGAAAAGGGUCAUUACUGUCUUAUUAAAGAUCUCCCACGAUUAGUAAGACGUCAAAUCACUAAACAUAAUGGAAAACUAGAGUUUUGUGAUUCAUGUUUACAGUUUUUUUCAAGUAAGACUCGAUAUAAUUCGCAUAAAUGUUCUGAAAUUUUAGCAAUAUUACCAGGUGAAAAUAGUAAAUUAAAGUUUAAGCACUAUGAAAGAAAAUUAAAAAUUAAUUUUAUAGUAUACGCAGAUUUUGAAAGCAUAUUGUUAGAUUGUGAUACGAAAUCAAGUGAUAAUAAUACAACUAACAUAAAAUUGCAUCAACCGUCAUCUUUUGGCUAUUAUGUUUGCUGUUCUCAUGAUUCCAGCUUGAAUAAAUAUGUUUGGCAUAGGGGUCCAGACUGUAUUGAAAUAUUUAUAAAAAACUUAAUUAGAGAUGUGAAACGAAUCUGUAGGAUAUUAUCAAUUAAAAAGUCUUUGUCUUUAUUAUCUGAAAACCAAAGAAACAACUAUGAUAUGGCCAAUAUAUGUCAUAUCUGCGAACAGCCUUUAUUGGGAGAUAAAGUUCUUGAUCACGAUCAUAUUACUGGUGAGUAUCGCGGCGCAGCGCAUACUCAUUGUAAUUUAACUUACAAAGUAUGUCCAUUCAUUCCAGUAGUGUUUCACAAUUUAUCGGGAUAUGAUAGUCAUAUUUUUAUAAAAGAAUUAACUAACUAUGAGGGUGACAUCAAGGUAAUACCUAAAUCGAAAGAAAAAUAUAUGUCGAUAACGAAAAACAUUUAUUAUGAAAAAUUGUCUCGCCACAUACAAAUAAAAUUUAUAGAUUCAUUUCAAUUUUUAAGUUGUAGUUUAGAUACAUUAUCAAAAUCUUUAACAAAAGAAGAAAAUAUACAUCUUGCCAGCGAAUUCAGAGAUUAUGAUCAAUUCGUUUUACUGAGAGAAAAGGGUGUCUUUCCUUACGAGUACAUUGAUUCGUGGGCUAAAUAUGAUGUGAAGGAGCUUCCACCUAAAUAUACAUUUUUUAAUAGUUUAACAUCGGAGCAUAUAACAGAUGCUGAAUACCAACGUGCACAAAAAAUUUGGGAUGCUUUUAAGAUUGAUUCUCUUGGUAGAUAUAAUGACUUAUAUUUAAAGAGUGAUGUAUUAUUACUUUGUGAUAUAUUUGAAAAAUUUAGACAAAUGUGCUUGAAAUAUUACAAAUUAGACCCAGCUCAUUAUGUAUCUUCACCUGGUUUAAGUUGGGAUGCUAUGCUUUUAUACACAGGAGUUCAAUUAGAUUUGAUUUCUGAUUUGGAAAUAUAUGAAUUAUUAGAAAAUGGAAUACGUGGCGGUUUGGCUCAAUGUUCACUUCGAUAUGCUAAAUCUAAAGGCUGAUUUACAUUGAGUCAGUAACUGACGU